AUGGCCCCCGGCUCUCUCUUGUUUCGCCUGCUCUUCUUCUUGUUGUUGUCUCUCCUCCCCGUCUACGCCGACCUCGCCGCCGAUCGGUCCGCCUUGCUCCGCCUCAGCUCCUCCAUCCUUGGACAAACCCUCCGCUGGAACCACUCUCAAUCCUCAGACCCAUGCGCAUGGGAAGGCAUUCUCUGCCACAACAACUCCACCACUCGCCGCGUCCUUGAGCUUCGCCUCCCCGGCGACGGCCUUUCUGGCCAAAUUCCCACCGGCUCUAUCGGGAAUUUGACGCACCUCCAAGUCCUCUCUCUCCGCCAAAACUCCCUCUCUGGACAGAUUCCAUCGGAUAUUGGUCUCUGCACCCAGCUGCGUCAGAUAAAUUUAAAGGGUAAUCAGUUUUCCGGCGAAAUUCCGGCGAGCUUGUUUGAUCUGACAAACUUGAUCGAUUUGGAUGUUUCUGGAAAUAAGCUCUCGGGCGAGAUCUCCGCCAGGUUCAAUAACUUAAUCCACUUAAAGACUAUAUACCUGGAGAACAAUCAGUUGAGUGGCGUAAUUCCUAAUUUGAGUACCCAACUCGCUAAUUUCAAUGUCUCUAACAACAGAUUAAACGGGACAAUUCCUUUGAGCUUGACAAGGUUUGGUUCCGAUUCAUUUCUGGGAAAUUCUCUCUGUGGUUCACCACCUCUUAAAGUUUGUAGUAGUAAUAGUAGUAGUAGUGGUACUAAGGAGAAUAAGUUAUCUGGCGGAGCAAUUGGUGGAAUAGUAAUAGGGUCGGUUUGCGGGGUGAUUUUAGUCCUGUCUGCGGUGUUCAUUGUGUGGAGAAAGGUUAGCAUCGAAAAUGAGCCUAGGGAGAGGUCGUCGGUAAAGCUGGCUCCAAUAAUAUCAGAAUUGGAGGGAAGUAGAAGUAGUUCUACUGGGAUAGAGAGAAGAGGAAAAGAAGGAGCGGUUGGGAGUGGUGAUGAUGGUUUGAUAUUCUUGAAGGAUGGGGGGUUUAAAUCAUUCAAGCUGCAAGAACUGUUGAUGGCAGCUGCACAAGUAAUGGAGAAGGGGAGAUUUGGGACAACAUACAGAGCCUAUUUAGGUGGUGGGGGUGAUGAUUAUGAUAACGAUGAUGAGAAGAAGAAGAAGAAGAAAAAUGUGGUGAUUGUGAAGAGAUUGAAAGAUGUGUGUGCUAAUGUAGGAGAAAGAGAAUUCAGGGAAAGGGUAGAAGCGAUGGGGAGAUUAGAUCAUGAGAAUUUGGUACCUCUAUUGGCGUAUUUCUAUGGAAAGGAUGAAAGGCUCCUUGUUUAUGGUGGUGGUGAUGGUGAUGACGACACUAGGGAAAGUUUAGGUGCUCUAUUACGAGAUAGAUCAGCAGCAAUAAUGACAUUGACAUGGGAAAUAAGAAGGAAAGUGAGCUUGGAGAUUGCCAAAGGCAUUGAAUAUCUCCACUCCUACUCCUCUGACCCCUACUUCUCACAUGGCAACAUUAAGUCAUCCAACGUUCUCCUCCAAACAAUAAAUAAUAACAUCAUCAAGGCCUGUCUUUCUGAAUUCGGAAUUUCGCCCUUAAUUUCCAAUGACGACAACAACAAUGGUGGCUAUUGUGCUCCGGAGGUAGUGGACUCUCAAAGAAUAACCCAAAAGGCAGAUGUGUACAGCUUUGGCGUCCUCAUUUUGGAACUUCUGACCGGUAAAGAUCCGGAGGAGGGUGGAGGACUCGAUUUGGUGAGAUGGGUUCAUGAGUCCGUUGUUGUUGUUAAAGACAAGUACUCCACAUCCACAUCAACAUCAAUUGAUCAGGUGUUUGAUCAGGAGCUGCUGCAGCCAACCCAUCAUGGUAGUAAUAACAACAGCAACAACCACCAGCAACAACAACAACAAAUGGUUCAGCUACUACAUCUUGCUAUCUCCUGCACCUCUAGGCACCCGGACAAGCGUCCAUCCAUAUUUCAAGUCAGGGAACGAAUACACCAAAUUAUUAUAUAA